AUGGCGUGUGAAGUCCUCAUUUGGCGCCUGCAGAUUGUCAUUUCACUUUCCAUGUAUGCUAGCUCUGAGCGGCAUUGCUUGGCGGUGUGUCCUGGCAUUUCUUGGUCUCUCUCAUUGGAACAGGACAGCUGGGAAGUCGUGGAAGGAUUGAGGGGAGAGAUGACUUACACCCAGGAGCCGCCUGUGCAGAAAGGAUUUUUGUUGAAAAAGAGGAAAUGGCCCUUAAAGGGCUGGCAUAAGAGAUUCUUCUGCCUGGAAAAGGGAAUCUUGAAAUACGCCAAGAGCCAAACUGACAUCGAGAGAGAGAAGCUGCAUGGAUGCAUCGACGUGGGCCUCUCGGUGAUGUCUGUGAAGAAGUCCUCGAAGUGUAUAGACCUCGACACUGAGGAACACAUCUACCACCUGAAGGUGAAGUCAGAGGAAGUAUUUGACGAGUGGGUAUCCAAGCUCCGUCACCACAGGAUGUACCGACAGAAUGAGAUCGCCAUGUUCCCCCGGGACGUCAAUCACUUCUUCCCGGGGUCUUCCGUCACAGAUUCUGCCCCAGGAGCGUUCGACUCUGUCUCCAGCAGGAAGCGUAGCAGUCUGUCGAAGCAGAAUUCAUUUCCAGCUGGAAGCAGUUUGUCAUUUUCUUGUGGCAGUGACACACGAGUUCCAUUCUGGCUACAGUCUUCAGAGGACAUGGAAAAAUGCUCAAAAGACCUGGCACACUGCCAUGCCUAUCUGCUGGAAAUGAGCCAGCUCUUAGAAAGCAUGGACGUCCUGCAUCGGACAUACUCCGCGCCAGCCAUCAACGCCAUCCAGGGUGGACCCUUUGAAAGUCCCAAAAAGGAAAAGCGAUCACACAGGAGGUGGAGGUCCAGAGCUAUUGGCAAAGACGCUAAAGGAAUGCUGCAGGUCCCUAAACCAUUUUCUGGCCCUGUGAGACUGCACUCCUCCAAUCCUAACUUGUCAACAUUGGACUUUGGAGAAGAGAAGAGUUACUCAGAUGGUUCUGAAGCCUCGUCAGAAUUCUCCAAGAUGCAGGAGGACCUGUGCCACGUCGCCCACAAAGUUUACUUCGCUUUAAGGUCGGCUUUUAAUAGCGUAUCCGCCGAGAGGGAGAAGCUCAAACAGCUGAUGGAGCUGGACACCUCCUCCUCCUCCUCCCCUUCCGCUCAGGUCGUCGGCUUGAAGCACGCUCUGGCAUCUGCCCUAGCACAAAACUCAGAGCUUAAAGAGCGCUUACGCAGAAUCCAUGCGGAAUCUCUGCUCCUCGACCCGCCCGCUGUUCCCAAGCCGGGGGACAACCUGGCAGAGGAAAGCUCCAGGGAUGAUAGCCGAGCCUUGGUCCACCAGCUCUCCAAUGAGAGCAGGCUGUCCAUCACCGACUCCCUUUCAGAGUUUUUUGAUGCCCAGGAAGUUCUUCUAUCUCCUAGCUCUUCAGAAAACGAGAUUUCUGAGGAUGAUUCAUAUGUCAGUGACAUAAGCGAUAAUCCGUCCUUAGACAACCUCAGUAAUGAUUUAGACAAUGAAAGACAGACAUUAGGGCCUGUUCUCGAAAGUGGUGGGGAAGCCAGAUCGAAAAGACGCACCUGCUUGCCGGCGCCCGGCCCCAACACCAGCAGCGUGAGUGUGUGGAGCAUCCUGCGCAACAACAUCGGGAAGGACCUGUCCAAGGUGGCCAUGCCAGUGGAGCUGAACGAGCCCCUCAACACCCUGCAGAGGCUCUGCGAGGAGCUGGAAUACAGCGAGCUUCUGGACAAGGCUGCGCACAUCCCCAGCCCCCUGGAGAGGAUGGUGUACGUGGCAGCCUUUGCCAUUUCUGCAUACGCAUCCAGCUACUUCCGAGCAGGCAGCAAGCCGUUUAACCCGGUCCUUGGAGAAACGUAUGAAUGCAUCCGACAGGACAAGGGCUUCCAGUUUUUUGCUGAGCAGGUCAGCCACCACCCACCUAUCUCCGCGUGCCACGCCGAGUCUGGAAACUUCGUUUUCUGGCAAGAUGUGAGAUGGAAAAACAAAUUCUGGGGUAAAUCCAUGGAAAUCGUCCCAAUUGGCACAACCCACGUGACUUUGCCCACUUUUGGAGAUCACUUUGAGUGGAACAAAGUGACCUCCUGCAUCCACAACAUCUUAAGUGGGCAGCGGUGGAUCGAGCACUAUGGCGAGAUUGUCAUCAAGAACCUGGCUGAUGACUCCUGCCACUGCAAAGUGAACUUCAUAAAGGCAAAAUACUGGAGCACUAACGCCCACGAGAUCGAAGGCACAGUGUUCGAUCGCAGCGGGAAGCCUGUGCACCGGCUGUUCGGGAAGUGGCAUGAGAGCAUCUACUGUGGCGGGGCUUCCUCGUCCACGUGUGUCUGGAGAGCAAACCCCAUGCCGAAAGGCUAUGAGCAGUAUUAUGGCUUCACACAGUUUGCUUUAGGGUUAAAUGAAUUGGACCCGUCGUCAAGGUCCCUGUUACCACCCACCGACACUCGCUUCAGACCAGAUCAGAGGCUUCUAGAAGAAGGGAACGUAGAGGAAGCUGAGGUGCAGAAGCAGAGGAUUGAGCGGCUGCAGAGGGAGAGACGGCGUGUCUUAGAGGAAAACGACGUGGAACACCAGCCUCGGUUUUUCAGGAAAUCCAGCGACGACUCUUGGGUGAGCAACGGGACCUACCUGGAACUGAGGAGAGACCUUGGGUUUUCCAAACUAGACCAUCCUGUCUUGUGGUGAAAAAGUUAAGAAGACAGAGAAUGUCAGUGCGUUUCCCCCACAUUUGCUCCCGGAAGCAGCACACACCUGUGUUUGUAUGUUUAAAAGGUAGUCUGUACGAUGACCACUUGUUCUUGGCUUAGCAUUGUAAGUACUGAAGUGUAUAUUUUCUUCAGUAAGUUUCUUCAUAAUUUCAAGUGUUAUAAUGAUUGUUUAUAUGAAUGUAGAACACCUCGGUAUUUCUUUUUAUAUAUAAACUAUUUAAUAAAAAUGAAAGAUUGAAUGUUAGUGUGUGGGUUAAAAAAAAAGAUUUAGCACUAAUUUUCCAAAGGUAAGGGGGGAAAGUCAAAUUUAUGCCUUAUAAAAUCACACUGGAGAAGAAAAAAAAAAACCUCUCCCAGGUGCAUUAAGAAAUAAGGACACCCAGGGCUGCUCACCCGUGCACUAGCUCUCCAGCUUUAAUUGGUAGCUGGGUUUCUUUUGGCCUCAGACAGCUCUUGAGUUGUUCAUACAGAACAAUUCUGUGGGUGCUGCAGUAACAAGACCAUUCUCGUUUGCAUUUUAGUGGUUAAGGGAUCUGUAUCAGGUUAGUGGAAUGCUUAUUUUUAUGUAAGGU